CCUGAGUGUUGGGAUUAAAGGUGUGCACUACCACACCUGGCUGGCCGUGAGUUAUUUUUUUAAAAGAUUUAUUUGUACUUAUGUGUAUGUAUGUAUAUCUGUAUGCCACAUAUUUGGGUACCUGUGGAGGCCAGAUGAGAGUGUUGGGGCCCUAGGAACUGCAGUUAUAGGCAUUUUUGAGUCAUCUGGUGUAGGUUCAGGGAAUUGAACUCUGGUCCUCUGGGAGAACAGCAAGUGCUCUGAAGCACUAGUGUCUGGCCCCUGACAAUGAGUUGGUUUGUUUUUGUUGUUUUUUCUCUUUGUUUUUAAAUCCUAGGUUAGGAACGUCAACUCAGUGGUGCAUGCCUGGACUGGAUCCUCAGUACCACAAAACAGAGAAAAUGAGAACUUAAUUAGAGUGGUUGUGCUAGAGAUGGAGGCACUGGGGAGGCUGGGAAGAAGAACCCGGAGGAGACUGGUUAGACAUGGGAGAUGAAAGAAGUCUCGGUGUGAUAGAUGAGAGCCAUCAGAAAGGUCGGAGCAGGAAGGGCAGGGUGUUUCGAAUGAGAGCAAGUGUGUGUUGGGUGUGUGUAAGCCGAGGUGCUGGCCAGACAGGUGGAGUUGUGUCUAAGAAUAAUAUCCGUGCUAAAGAGGACCAUGAACCAAGGCUGGAGAGAUGGCUCAGUGGUUGUAAGAACUGGCUGCUCUUCCAGAGGACCUGGGUUCAAGUCCCAACACCCACAUGGCAGCUCACAACCGUCUUUAACUCCUGUUCCAGGGGUCUGACACCCUCACACAGACAUAUAUGCAGGCAGAACACCAAUGUACAUAAAAUACAAAUAAAUAAAUUAUAAAAAAUGACCAUGAACCAAGAAACUGUCUAAGAGUAUAUGGCAUGAAACGGCCCCAUGACAGCCUUUGAGUGACCAGGACCUGGGAUCUAGGGACCACAGCUUAGGUUUUCAGGAAGGGUUCAGAUUAUGAAAAGGGAAACUGGUAAGACCACCUAAAUUACUUGAAACUCUUCUAAACACGGAAGUCCUUGCACAAAACCAAGACCGUUGUACAUUCUGCUGUUGUGAAAAGGGUGUUGAGGGAAACCAGGAAAGAAAAGGUCAGUGUCUGAUCCCUUUUUACAGGAAGAAACCCUUCCAAGGUGUGGGGGGGAGGCAGGAAGGGGGGGGCGGGGAAGUUACUCUUUCUAGUCGUAACUGAGGGAAGAACGAUCGGGAGAGGUGAAGAGUUGGCUGUCUUGGACACCUGCCUCUGCCAGCUUAGUGGGAGGGAACAUGUCUUAGAAGAAAGAACAGAGCAGUGGUGGCGCACGCCUUUAAUCCCAGCACUUGGGAGGCAGAGGCAGGAGGAUCUCUGAGUUCGAGGCCAGCCUGGGCUACAGAGUGAGUUCUAGGAAAGGCCCCAAAGCUACAUAGAGAAACUGUCUCGAAAAACCAAAAGAAGGAGAAGUAGAACAGGACAUGCAUUCUUGUGCUUGAAUCCUGUCUCUCACCAGUUAGCAUGAUGACCCUAGGCAAGUGCCUUAGCUGUAAAAUGGGAACAAUUGUGCCUCCCGUGAUUCGAAGGUUAGAAACUAACGCCCCCAUUGCAGUGGGAAAUGGCAAAUAGGUGCUAUCACAUGGCCCAACCCUCGUCAUGGGACCAAACGGCUAACGGAUGGGUCAGAAUCCGCCACCUGGGAUCACAGGGUAGGGAAUGAAUGCUGCAGCUGCUUCCCUCCAGGAGGUGGGGACAAGGUGGAGGGAGGGCCGCAGGAGGAGGAGCUCGCUCCUUGCGACCCGCCCACACCAGUCUGGCCUGGAGCUGAGGCAACGCGUCCUGGUCGCCUGCCCCCCCGAACAGCCUGCCAGCCCUGGUGCCCGGGUGCUCCGACCUCGUGCGGUCAUGUCCCUGCGCCCCUUGCUCUGGCCGCUCCGACUGCUGCUGCUGCUGCUGCUGCUGCUGCUCGGUGGGGCGGUGUGCCGGGCUGAGGCUGAGCCAGAAACCGAAAGUCCCGUCCGGACCCUCCAAGUGGAGACCCUGGUACAGCCCCCUGAGUCGUGUACGGAAUCCGCUGCCUUUGGAGACACGCUGCACAUACACUACACGGGCAGCUUGGUAGAUGGACGCAUUAUUGACACCUCUCUGACCAGAGAUCCUCUGGUUAUAGAACUUGGCCAAAAGCAGGUGAUUCCAGGUCUGGAGCAGAGCCUUCUGGACAUGUGUGUGGGAGAGAAGCGAAGAGCAGUCAUUCCUUCUCACCUGGCGUAUGGAAAGCGAGGGUACCCGCCAUCUAUCCCAGCGGAUGCCGUGGUGCAGUAUGAUGUGGAGCUGAUUGCAUUGAUUCGAGCCAACUACUGGCAAAAGCUGCUGAAGGGUGUUUUGCCCCUGGUGGGCAUGGCCAUGGUGCCAGCACUCCUGGGCCUGAUUGGGUAUCACUUAUACAAAAAGGCCAGCAGACCCAAAGUCUCCAAAAAGAAGCUGAAAGAAGAGAAACGGAACAAGAGUAAAAAGAAAUAAAUAGUGAUCGUUAAGAAAACUUUGUAUUC